AUGUGCCGUAGUCUUCCAUUUGUCCUUACCGGUCUCCUUGUCCUCUACUUGGCCUUCUCCCUCAAUCGGUUCUUCUUCAUCGUCACCCAGGACCGCGUCCUCUAUGGGGUGAUUUUUGAUGCUGGAAGCACAGGGUCCAGAGCACGGGUCUAUAAAAUUCUUAAAAAUGCGUCAGUCAUAUUACUCAUUAUGAAGUCAGAAAGGUGUCGCUACCAGUUGGUGGGUGAGGAGGUCUUCACAGUAGAGCCAGGUCUUUCGGAGUUUGCGCGUUUCCCCCACGCUUCAGUGGCCUACUUGCGACCACUGUUGGAUCAGGUGAGGACCUGUAUUCCCGAGCAUAAACGACCCCUCACUCCUCUGGUGUUGCGAGCCACUGCAGGUCUCCGACUUCUGCCCGAACAGGUCGCCAAUGCCCUUCUUGAGUCUGUAAGUUGGCCUCUUGAUACCUCUCCUCUUAUUCCUAUUCUUAACGUUAUGCUCAUUUUCAUCUCUAUUUAA